AGUGUUGAGCUGUGAGGAAGGGGAGGAGCUUCAUCUGUGGAGGUGCGCGCGGCUGUGGCUUCAGGACUGAACAUGUGAGAUGAUGACGGACUGAAUUUGACAUUUUUAAACUGAAUCAGUUUCACACUCUUCAGAGAUUGUAGUGAAUCCGGAGUGAGAUGACGCGUCUCCUGCGCGCACUGUUUGGCGUCCUGUGCGUGUUUCUGUGCACGAGCGGCGUGAACGCGUCUGAUGAGGACUGUCCGGAGAACAAGAUCCUGACCGUGGAGUAUCCGUGUACGAGAGCUGGAGGUCAGAGAGGUCGCUGUCUCAGGAGGAAGUGCUGUGAAGGCUUCAGGUUUGUGAUGGGUCAGUGUGUGCCAGAAAGUCUGGACGUGUGCGCCGGGUCUCCGUGUGAGCAGCAGUGCACGGAUAACUUCGGUCGUGUGUUGUGCACGUGUUUCGAGGGUUUCCGCUUCGACCGAGAGCGACAGCAGCAGCACCUGCACCCGUACUGCAUCGAUGUGGAUGAGUGUGAGGAAUCGAACAGCAGCGUUUGUGAACACGUGUGUGAAAACACUCCGGGAAGUUUCCGCUGCCGCUGUAACGAUGGGUUCACACUGACUCCAGAUCAGCGCUCGUGUGCUCCUGAACACAACCUGAGCUCCUCCAGUAAGUCUGAGACUCAGAUGAGCUCUGGAUGGUGUUCUCUCAGCUGUCAGGACUUCAUCAACAUGAGGAGCAGCUUACUGCAGAUCAGACUCCUGCUGGAGCACACACAGGGUUCGUCUCUCAGUCUGGAUAAUAACAGCCACAAACCAGCUCACGGGAAAAAUCCUGAGAGUCACACCAGCUCUGGACCACCAGGACCUCCAGGUGAGCGAGGGCAGAAGGGAGAGCGAGGGCCGGCGGGGCUCCAGGGGCCCAGAGGAGACAUGGGUCCGACGGGGCCACAGCCGGAUCUUCAGCACAUAAAGACGGGCAGACGGGGACCGGUGGGACGGCCAGGAGCGCCUGGGAAAGACGGACAGAAGGGUGACAGAGGUUUUCCUGGAGCCAGAGGAUCUCCAGGGCCUCCAGGGUCCUUUGACUUCCUGUUACUGAUGAUGGCAGAUAUCCGUCAUGACAUCAUUGAGCUGCAGCAGCGAGUGUUUGGGAAGAGGCGUGGCCUCUCUGUGGACACACCCCUUCUCUCCAGCGGAGAGGCGGAGCUUGAGGACUGGGUGUCAGGAGAAGGAGAGCUGAUGCCGAACACAUGAUGAUGCUGGAAUAACCGCUGCGUUACACUGCAUCACCCCAAACAGACUAAAGCCCAGACCAAUUUGAGCAGGUAGAGUCAGAUGAGGAACUCAUGCAACAGAAAAUCAUCCGUAAUAAACGCUUUACCUGAGAUCUCUUGAUCAGUGGGAUGAAAAGACUCGAGAUGAUGCUUGGAAGUGAACUGGAAUGGAGUAGAGAUUUGUAUACUCCUCUUUUAGCAGUGCACAUUAUAUAUGGAACAUCAGUUACAAUCUGCAUUUACUUACUGUGUGAGAUGCUGUUUCCCACAAUGCAAAGCGCUCGGCUUGACUUUCUACUAUCUGUGUGAUAAAUGAACCAAAGAAAAUAACAGCUAAGAUUAUAAAUUUCUCUUUGCUGAUUCAUUAUUUCACCAGACUUGUAAAUUGUAAGAAUUGUAAGAAAAAAUGUUACAAGAUAAAGAUUCAAAGUGGGCUAUAAACUCUAUAUUUUUUAUUCUGGGUCAAAAUGAUCCUCCAUACUAGACACUACACUAAUUUUGGAACACAGCCAGAACUGAGAUCACUGAAAUGCACAUCUGAAUGAAGAAAUAGGUCGAAGUCUAAUAGGGUUCAGACAUUCAGAUCAAUUCAAAUGCUUUUUAGCUCAACAUGCUGUAA